AUGGUCUCCGGCGAGCUGUGCCUGGCAGCGGACAACGACUUUUUGGCGAAUAAUAUGAAGGAGAUGAUUGGAGGUUGCUGCGUGUGCUCAGACGAGAGAGGUUGGGCAGAAAAUCCUCUCGUCUACUGUGACGGUCACGGCUGCAAUGUUGCAGUCCAUCAAGGUAAACACCGAAUAAAGUCAAAUGCAUGUAACAUGAAAUUUGCUUGACUAACAUCCGAGAACUAACGUUAGCGAGCUAGCUAACAACUCACUAAGGCUAGCUUUCGCUGAUCGUCUGCCAUGAAGCUGGCUAGCUAUCAACGUUAGCUGGGGUGUAUUCAUUACGUCGAUUCUGUUGCAAAACGUUUAUUAAAUGGACGCAAACGGAACGAAACCGGGAGUGACCUACAUGCAUUUGUCCAAUAGAAACGCUCGUUUUCAAUGUUUGCUUCCGUUUGGUUUUUAAACGGUAAACGGUUUCCGUGAUGCCCAUACCCUAGUUAGUUUAGCUAUUAGCUAGCUAGAUAGCGAACUAUUCAGGUAGCCAGUAGCCAAGGUUAUAUUGCUAGUUAGGUAACGUUAGUUCUAUUCAAUCCACAGUUGUGCGUUCGUAUAGUGGUAAUGUUUAUCAUUGGGUAAGAUAAAGUAGCUAACAUGUUAGCUGAUUUCUACGAAUUGUAUAGCCAGGAUAACAUUACAGCCAAUCUUGACAACUACAGACAUUUAUUACUUUAGCCAACUCCAUACCUACGCUACCUAGCUAGCCUUCCUAUCUAGUAGGUAUGGAGUUUGCUAAAGUAACUACAAUUUCUGCAGUUGUCAACAUUGGCAGUAAUAUUAUCCUGGCUAUACAAUUCGUAGAAUGUAGCUAACAUGUUAGCUAUAUUGUCUUACCCAAUGAUACACAUUACCACAUUAUAUCCGUAAUGAUAGCCAACUACUAAAUCAUAUUUGCCUAUGUAUUGCUAGAUACGUUUUGUAAACAAUAGUGCCACGCUGUUAGGGAACUAGCUAAGUUGUUAUACAGAACGAACCAGGCUAUGUAGCUAGCUUAAGAUUGUUUGCAACACACUACACCCAAACAAGACAGAUGUUUUCAUAGAUCCAAACAACAAUGUCAACGGCACUCAGAUUCUGUUGACUUAAGUCACGAUCAGAACUAGGCUGACCGACUGGUAUCCAGUCAAUACUGUGAUUUUGGCUUUGUGAGAGAGAGAAACUAGUGAUCAUUGUCAUGCUUCGUGUCUUAGUUGUCAUAAUUCUGGUGAUUUGAAUAUCUGCCCUCAUACCCAUAUAACUAAACACAGCUAUUUGUACAUGCUUUAGACCCUUGUCUCCUGAGUGGCGCAGUGGUCUAAGGCACUGCAUCGCAGUGCUAACUGUGCCACUAGAGAUCCUGGUUCGAAUCCAGGCUCUGUCGCAGCCGGCCGCGACCGGGAGACUCAUGGGCGGCGCACAAUUGGCCCAGCGUCGUCCAGGGUAGGGGAGGGAAUGGCCGGCAGGGAUGUAGCUCAGUUGAUAGAGCAUGGCGUUUGCAACGCCAGGGUUGUGGGUUCGUUUCCCACGGGGGGCCAGUAUAAAAAAAUAUAUAUAUGUAUUCACUAACUGUAAGUCGCUCUGGAUAAGAGCGUCUGCUAAAUGACUAAAAUGUAAAAAAAUGUUAUUAAAUACACACUCAUUUUAUAUGUGAAUUAAUUAGGUCUAAAUGUAAUCAGUAGCUAACCAACACACUGUGACACUGUUAUAACGAUCGCUGACCCCUCUGUCCACAACAAUAGACAACGUUACCCUUUUUAUUAUCAGUGGAUUAUUUCUGUUGAUUAGGGCUGUCCCCCCCCCAAAAAAAAAAUAUUGGUCGACCGAGAGUCGUCCUGUUCUUUCGACCAAUCGAAAUGUUAAAACUUAUUUUUCCAUAAAUAGACACACAACCGAUGUGUUUGAAUAAGAUAAACUACAUGUGUACUGAGCUUGUCUGACGCUUUAAGCACACUGUUUGAUUAAGUAAUUAAGACAUACAAAUGGCUCGAAAGAGCCUGAUGGUCACACUGUGCUGAAAAAAAUUGAUAGCCAGUGCCUGUGUGACUGGCCCACGUUGUCUCUCUCUCCUCCCUACUGUAGCAAAAAGGUAGCACUGCAAGUGUUUAUUGCUCUGUCCUGUCCGUGCUAAAGCGGCAAAAUCAUUUCAGCCAUUUCGUUUCUUACUUGUUUCUGAGUGAAAAGUUCUGUUACUGAAAUCCCUAAUUUGUUUAGGAAAAACAUUCACUCUUCCCUCAACCCUUGCUCUCUCUACAUGAAACAUGUAAGCAUAGCAUGCAUGUGACCAAUAGGGCCUGACCUAUAGUCUAUCAUAAUCACAUCAAUAAAUUGGUUAUAACAAACUCUGAACACAGUAACACGUGACAGCAAAAUGGAUGCGGAGGACAUGAAAAAGAAACUCGAAACAGGCGAAUGUUUACUGGUUGCUCAGGAGGGAAAGGGGAGUCAGAUCUAUGGAAGACAUUUGAAAUAAUUGUGGAAACUACUAGAGAUCAAGAAAAAGGAAGGUAUAGGAGCAAGCGUUGCGUGAGUAUUAUGUGUGCCAAACAGUUGCUGUUAGUUUACAAUAUUAUUACCUUUUCUGACCAUUUGGAACAGUGUAAACAACACUAAAUAAAUAAGUGUAACUGAGAGUCUGAUCUAACAAAAUAUAUAUAAAGCCUUUAUUACAGCAGAUUAAAAACAAUUGCAUGCAUUCGUUUGCGGUUUAUUGUUUAGGCUAAUUAUUUAAAGCUCCCGUUGUUAUUUAAUUGUAAAACUAAAAUGCUUGAUUACAUUUCAAAGCAUGAAUGUCUUGUAUGCUGUGUGAUGGCACGAACGAAUGAAUCAUUGAUUGAUACAGUAGCCUAUAUAUUGAAAUAUAGGCCUAAGUAAGUUACAGUAUUAAGACUAAACAGGACGCGCUCUAAGGCCUACAGCUCGAUGGUGGUUAUACAAGGCUGCUAUACUAAGCCUACUAAUGAUAAUGACAUUACUUAUUAUAAUGAUGAUCAUAAUAAUAAUAGUAAUAAUAACAAUAAGAAGGAGAUCAAGAAAAAGGAGGGUAUAGGAGCGAGAGCUGCGUGUAUAUUAUGUAUGACAAACAGGUGCUGUUAGAUUACAAUAUUAUUUUCUGUCUGUUUGGGACAGUGUAAACAACAGUAAAUCAGUUAUAAGUUAUACCAGUCUGUUCUAACAAAAACAAUUUGUGUAGCCUUUUAUUACAGCAUAGCAAAGAUUAAAAACAGCCCAAUCUGUGAAAAUGCUUUAUCCAACAUUUUGCCGUGCAUGAGGCUUGGUGCUCACGGAAUCAGUAUGCAUUAAACAAACCUCAACAGCAAGUCGUCUUAUUCUGAGAAUUGGGAAAAAAGUAUUAGUCAGCCACGUGACUCCACUAAAAGAUGAGAAGGCCUGAAUUUUCAUCAUAGUAAAGUCAACUAGACACAAAUCAAAGCAUUCCGGAAUCACAUGUAAGAUUUUAUGAUUUAUUGCAAUAGUGGAAAAAAGUGGCAAUAAAAAGUUCUCAAUACUUUGUUAUCCCUGUGCAAUGACACAGGUCAAACGUUUUCUGUAAGUCUUCACAAGGUUUUCACACACUGUUGCUGGUAUUUUGGCCCAUUCCUCCAUGCAGAUCUCCUCUAGAGCAGUGAUGUUUUGGGGCUGUCGCUGGGCAACACGGACUUUCAACUCCCCCCAAAGAUUUUCUAUGGGGUUGAGAUCUGGAGACUGGCUAGGCCACUCCAGGACCUUGAAAUGCUUCUUACGAAGCCACUCCUUCGUUGCCCGGGCGAUGUGUUUGGGAUCAUUGUCAUGCUGAAAGACCCAGCCACGUUUCAUCUUCAAUGCCCUUGCUGAUGGAAGGAGGUUUUCACUCAAAAUCUCACGAUACAUGGCCCCAUUCAUUCUUUCCUUUACACGGAUCAGUCGUCCUGGUCUCUUUGCAGAAAAACAGCCCCAAAGCAUGAUGUUUCCACCCCCAUGCUUCACAGUAGGUAUGGUGUUCUUUGGAUGCAACUCAGCAUUCUUUGUCCUCCAAACACGACGAGUUGAGUUUUUACCAAAAAGUUCUAUUUUGGUUUCAUCUGACCAUAUGACAUUCUCCCAAUCCUCUUCUGGAUCAUCCAAAUGCACUCUAGCAAACUUCAGACGGGCCUGGCGUAAGCAGGGGGACACGUCUGGCACUGCAGGAUUUGAGUCCCUGGCGGCGUAGUGUGUUACUGAUGCUAGGCUUUGUUACUUUGGUCCCAGCUCUCUGCAGGUCAUUCACUAGGUCCCCCCGUGUGGUUCUGGGAUUUUUGCUCACCGUUCUUGUGAUCAUUUUGACCCCAUGGGGUGAGAUCUUGCAUGGAGCCCCAGAUCGAGGGAGAUUAUCAGUGGUCUUGUAUGUCUUCCAUUUCCUAAUAAUUGCUCCCACAGUUGAUUUCUUCAAACCAAGCUGCUUACCUAUUGCAGAUUCAGUCUUCCCAGCCUGGUGCAGGUCUACAAUUUUGUUUCUGGUGUCCUUUGACAGCUCUUUGGUCUUGGCCAUAGUGGAGUUUGGAGUGUGACUGUUUGAGGUUGUGGACAGGUGUCUUUUAUACUGAUAACAAACUUCAAACAGGUGCCAUUAAUACAGGUAACGAGUGGAGGACAGAGGAGCCUCUUAAAGAGAAGUUUUAGGUCUGUGAGAGCCAGAAAUCUUGCUUGUUUGUAGGUGACCAAAUACUUAUUUUCCACCAUAAUUUGCAAAAAAAUUCAUUAAAAAUCCUACAAUGUGAGUUUCUGGAUUUUUUUCCCUCAAUUUGUCUGUCAUAGUUGACGUGUACCUAUGAUGAAAAUUACAGGCCUCUCUCAUCUUUUUAAGUGGGAGAACUUGCACAAUUGGUGGCUGACUAAAUACUUUUUUUCCCCACUGUAUAUUGAUGAUUUAUAAAGCCAGGCACAUUUAACAGUUUGGCUAUUGAUUAUAGACCUAAUUAAGUUGGGGUUUCCUCUCUCCUCAAUUUUCUUAGACAAUUAGGCUAAGGCAUGGACUGUUUCCUUGUCUUUGCUGCUGCUGCCUCUGCCGCAUUGUUCUCAAUCAAAAUAUGCUGGUUAAUUUAGCUAUAAUGCACAUAGCAACAUAGGAAAAGGCACCAAUUCUACGGCGCACUGAAGAUUAUGUUUCAGAACCGCGGACAGCGACCGUAUCCAACGCGGGAGAAAGCGCAUUUGUUAUAAAAUAAUAUUAGAUUUAUUAGUGUUGCAACAUUAUUUUUACACAAUAUAACCAUAUACAAUUUCAGUAUAACAUGUCUUGGAGUAAUAGACUGUGCCAUCCCCGUGGCCUCUGCAAUGGAUCAGUCCACUCAGACAGGUGCGAAUCAGACCGGUGUCUUGUGCACCAUGAACAAAAAUAGCAAUUGCGACUGCUUGACUAAAGAAGUCUUGGUUGACCAACAGCCUAUCGACCAAACAGUCGACUAAAUUGGGUCAGCCCUACUGUUGAUUUAAAGUGGAUUACGUGGACUGAGAUGUGAGAUAAUCCGAGAGGACAGCAAAGGUAUCUGGAGUGCAGCAUGUUCAGACUCUCAUAACCAGCCUCCAUGACCCAGAACUGUAGGCCUGCCUGUGUACAGGGUUUGAACACUACCUGAGGUCACUGGGUCAGUACAGUCACUGUGUCUGCACCUGGUAUUACAGAGUUACAGUGCCUUUGGAAAGUAUUCAGACCCCUUGACUUUUUAUACAUUUUGUUACGUUACAGCCUUAUUCUAAAAGGAAUUUUUAAAAAAAUCCUCAACAAUCUACACACAAUACCCCAUAAUGACAAAGCGUAAACAGGUUUGUAGAAAUACCUUAUUUAUCAUAAGUAUUCAGACCCUUUGCUAUGAGACUCGAAAUUGAGCUCAGGUGCAUCCUGUUUCCAUUGAUCAUCCUUGAGAUGUUUCUACAACUUGAUUGGAGUCCACCUGUGGUCAAUUCAAUUGAUUGGACAUGAUUUGGAAAGGCCUACACCUGUAUAUAAGGUCCCACAGUUGGGAGUGCAUGUCAGAGCAAAAACCCAUCCAUGAGGUCGAAGGAAUUGUGUCGAGGCUCAGAUCUGGGGAAGGUUACCAAAACAUUUCUGCAGCAUUGAAGGUCCCCAGGAACACAGUGGCCUCCAUCAUUCUUAAAUGGAAGAAGUUUGGAACCCCCAAGACCCUUCCUAGAGCUGGCCGCCCGGCCAAACCGAGCAAUCGGGGGAGAAGGGCCUUGGUCAGGGAGGUCACCAAGAAUCCGAUGGUCACUCUGACAGAGCUUUAGAAUUCCUCUGUGGAGAUGGGAGAAGGACAACCAUCUCUGCAGCAGUCCACCAUUCAGGCCUUUAUGGUAGAGUGGCCAGAAGGAAGCCACUCCUCAUUAAAGGCACAUGACAGCCCGCUUGGAGUUUGCCAAAAGGCACCUAAAAGACUCUCAGAUCAUGAGAAACAAGAUUCUCUGGUCUGAUGAAACCAACAUUGAACUCUUUGGCCUGAAUGCCAAGCGUCACGUCUGGAGGAAUCCUGGCACCAUCCCUACGGUGAAGCAUGGUGGUGGCAGCAUCAUGCUAUGGGGAUGUUUUUCAGCUUCAGGGACUGGGAGACUAGUCAGGAUCGAGGCAAAGAUGAACGGAGGAAAGUACAAAGAGAUCAUUGAUGAAAACCUGCUCCAGAGCGCUCAGGACCUCAGGCUGGGGCGAAGGUUCACCUUCCAACAGGACAACGACCCUAAGCACACAGCCAAGACAACGCCGGAGUGGCUUCUGGACAAGUCUCUGAAUGUCCUUGAGUAGCCCAGCCAGAGCCUGGACUUGAACCCGAUUGAACAUCUCUGGAGAGACCUGAAAAUAGUUGUGCAGCAACGCUCCCCAUCCAACCUGACCAAGCUUGAGAGGAUCUGCAGAGAAGGAUGGGAGAAACUCCCCAAAUACAGGUGUGCCAAGCUUGUAGCGUCAUACCCAACAAGACUCAAGGCUGUAAUCGCUGCCAAAGGUGCUUCAACAAAGUACUGAGUAAAGGGUCUGAAUACUUAUGUAAAUGGGAUAUUUGUAUUUUUUAUUUGUAUAAUACAGUUUAGAAUAAGGCUGUAACCUAACUAACUGUGGAAAAAGUCAAGGGGUCUGAAUACUUUCCGAAGGCACUGUUAUAUUACAGAACAUUAGCUACAAACGUUUCCAAUCCAACCAUGAAUGGUCCAGAUCAGGCAACAACAGUCUGACCAUGAGCUUGGUGUAUAGGCCUACACCUGCUGCUUCACACACACACACACACACACACAAAGCCUCACCCCCUGUCACUCAAGCAGAGCAGUUCCUCCUCCCCGCUAUUAGAUUCUCUAAGUUUGCUUGCUGUUCUGUCAGGUCAAAUGCACUCAUCUGAUUGUUCCAAACAAGAACGAUGCUGCUUUACAUUUAGCUUCUUAAUAUAAAUUGUUCUAUUUUUAUGAUUCCAACCGUUCACCCAAGUGUUUUGAGAUAUAUCGCAAGUCAAAUCGCAAUAUAAGGUUAAAAAAAUCACGUCACAUUUCUUGGCCCAUAUUGUGCAGCCCUAGUGUGAGAUAUGAGGGUAUUGUGGUUAAUAACUCAGUGUUGUCCUCUCUGCAGCGUGCUAUGGCAUCGUGCAGGUGCCCACUGGACCCUGGUUCUGCAGGAAAUGUGAAUCUCAGGAGAGAGCAGCCAGAGUGGUGAGUCUGACCAAUAGAAUAUCAACAAUGCAUUCUCAGCACUGUAUUUUAUGAUAGAGCUUCCACUAGUAUUUAGCUGGUACUUUCUAGGAAAUUAUGUGGUAUAAAUAGGUACUCUCUGGUACUUACUUCAAAUAAUUCAACACAAUUGGCAACUACAUGGUAGAGCUGGGACAAUAAACCAAAAAUUGUCACCGAUCACUUAUCGCAGGCGUUUUGCAUAUGUUGUUCAUUACGAUAAGUAGCCUAUACUAGAGAAAUGUGAGGUUUGAAAUGAAAUAACUUUGCUAAUGUGGGUGAUUGUUAGUGGGACAAUUGAUGGCUACAACUAUUAGUAGUAGUUUAAAGGAUAAAAAAAAAGAAAUUGUUGCACAUUAAUGUUAUAAACUUAAACCUAUGCUAUUUAGCAUUAUCACAUUAAUUUAUGGUGAUAUGGAGUUUUGUCCAUAUCACCCAGCUUUACUACCUGGUAGUAAAGAGUACCAUGUGGUGCUUGUAUUAAAGAAUCCAAAACAAACAAGUAGUACAUUGGUUAAUAUUACAGUGACAGAGCCGGUCAUGUCCGUGGAAGCAACAGACAUGCCUAAGAAACACCCCAGAGUAUUUCUCAUAGGGGGAAAAACGGCAUGUUUGUCUGUCCUUUCCUCAUCAUGGUUGUAGAAAUGGUUAAACAGUGCUGUCAUAGUCUCCUUUGAUAUUGUGUGGACGGAAACUGGCGGGAAAAGGAAGAGGAAAAACUCUCUCACACAGACACAGACACAUGGGAAAGGGAAGCAGUCUUGGGCAGUAGAUAGUGUGUUUGUACUGUAGGAGAAGCUGAGGCUUGAUUUCAACUAGGCCCUCCCUUCCGCAUAGUAGUAUGACAGAACCGAAUGUGAAAGCUAUGGGGUGGAACCCCCUUACACCUAUUUGUUGGAUCAGUUAUUACCCAAAAGUGUGUGUGUGUGUGUGUGUGAGAGAGAGAAAGAAAGUAGGUAGGGUACAUGCUUGCGUGUGUAUCAAUAGUAUACAGUGGGGAGAACAAGUAUUUGAUACACUGCCGAUUUUGCAGGUUUUCCUACUUAAAAAGCAUGUAGAGGUCUGUAAUUUUUAUCAUAGGUACACUUCAACUGUGAGAGAUGGAAUUAAGUAAUUAAUUUGCAUUUUAUUGCAUGACAUAAGUAUUUGAUACAUCAGAAAAGCAGAACUUAAUAUUUGGUACAGAAACCUUUGUUUGCAAUUACAGAGAUCAUACGUUUCCUGUAGGACUUGACCAGGUUUGCACACACUGCAGCAGGGAUUUUGGCCCACUCCUCCAUACAGACCUUCUCCAGAUCCUUCAGGUUUCGGGGCUGUCGCUGGGCAAUACGGACUUUCAGCUCCCUCCAAAGAUUUUCUAUUGGGUUCAGGUCUGGAGACUGGCUAGGCCACUCCAGGAUCUUGAGAUGCUUCUUACGGAGCCACUCCUUAGUUGCCCUGGCUGUGUGUUUCGGGUCGUUGUCAUGCUGGAAGACCCAGCCACGACCCAUCUUCAAUGCUCUUACUGAGGGAAGGAGUUUGUUGGCCAAGAUCUCGCGAUACAUGGCCCCAUCCAUCCUCCCCUCAAUACGGUGCAGUCGUCCUGUCCCCCUUGCAGAAAAGCAUCCCCAAAGAAUGAUGUUUCCACCUCCAUGCUUCACGGUUGGGAUGGUGUUCUUGGGGUUGUACUCAUCCUUCUUCUUCCUCCAAACACGGCGAGUGGAGUUUAGACCAAAAAGCUCUAUUUUUGUCUCAUCAGACCACAUGACCUUCUCCCAUUCCUCCUCUGGAUCAUCCAGAUGGUCAUUGGCAAACUUCAGACGGGCCUGGACAUGCACUGGCUUGAGCAGGGGGACCUUGUGUGCGCUGCAGGAUUUUAAUCCAUGACGGCGUAGUGUGUUACUAAUGGUUUUCUUUGAGACUGUGGUCCCAGCUCUCUUCAGGUCAUUGACCAGGUCCUGCCAUGUAGUUCUGGGCUGAUCCCUCACCUUCCUCAUGAUCAUUGAUGCCCCAUGAGGUGAGAUCUUGCAUGGAGCCCCAGACCGAGGGUGAUUGACCGUCAUCUUGAACUUCUUCAAUUUUCUAAUAAUAGCGCCAACAGUUGUUGCCUUCUCACCAAGCUGCUUGCCUAUUGUCCUGUAGCCCAUCCCAGCCUUGUGCAGGUCUACAAUUUUAUCCCUGAUGUCCUUACACAGCUCUCUGGUCUUGGCCAUUGUGGAGAGGUUGGAGUCUGUUUGAUUGAGUGUGUGGACAGGUGUCUUUUAUACAGGUAAAGAGUUCAAACAGGUGCAGUUAAUACAGGUAAUGAGUGGAGAACAGGAGGGCUUCUUAAAGAAAAACUAACAGGUCUGUGAGAGCCGGAAUUCUUACUGGUUGGUAGGUGAUCAAAUACUUAUGUCAUGCAAUAAAAUGCAAAUGAAUUACUUAAAAAUCAUACAAUGUGAUUUUCUGGAUUUUUGAAAAUUACAGACCUCUACAUGCUUUGUAAGUAGGAAAACCUGCAAAAUCGGCAGUGUAUCAAAUACUUGUUCUCCCCACUGUAUAUCUGCAUGGUAAAGAGUUUUGCUAAUUGCCCGUGUCUCCCUCCCUCCUGUUUCUCUCUCUGCAGAGGUGUGAGCUGUGCCCCCACAAAGACGGCGCCCUCAAGAGGACCGAUAACGGAGGUAAGAAUCAUCUAUCUAUCUGGGAUAUAGGUAUAUUGUGA